AUGACAAUUAAAAUAUUCAUAUAUCUGGUUGCAUUAAGUCAUUUAUCAACUUCUUUACGUAAUUUAAUUUUAAGUCCUGAUGUUAAAAGAAUUAAUUCAAAUGCUAUAGCAAAUUUUGAUGUUGAUGUUAAUUUUUUAGAGCAAUUUGCUCAAAGUCUUGAAGAUCCACAAAUAGCUGAUGCAUUCAUAGAAUUAAGACAAAUUGUUACCUUACUUCAAUCUGAAAAUAUAGAAGAAUAUUUAAAUCCUUCUACAAGGAACAAAAAAUAUUCUGGAUUAAAACCAUCUGACGUUAUAAACUUAUUUGAAAAGUGGUUACGUGAUCAACCGUCAUUAUCAAUGACACCAGAAGAACGUGCUAAAAAACGUGCUAUGGAAGGUGUAGUAAGAUCAUUAAGAGCAUCAAU